AUGGCCAAACGCGCCUCGAUCCCUGAUCGGAGCCAGUCAUCAUUGGACCUUAUUACAUCUAUUGCCCAUGCUACUAAUUCCGUCAAUACGGCUACCUCCGGCAUCCGCGCGGUCGCUUCUUUCUCGCCUAGCCAAGCUCAACUAACGUACGCGCAGGUGAUCGUUAGUCUCGCACAACUCCAGGCCGCUGUCUCCAAGCUGUCGGAGGCUUAUAUCAACCAUGCGAACACCGUACUGAACCGCGGCCCGACGGUCGACAUCGGGAACAUCGCCAGCAUCACCAACUCGCUCUAUGAAAGCGGCUUGCUGAGCGCCCUCGGUGGUGCUCGCGCUACUAGUCCCGGCGCAAAGUCCGAAGUGGGCGAGAAGAAGAAGCGCAAGCGCGCUCCCCCGGACCCCAAUGCGCCCAAGCGCGCCUUGACCCCUUUCUUCCUUUACAUGCAGCACAACCGCAGUAAGAUCGCCGAGGAAAUGGGUCCCGACGCCAAGCCUAAGGAGGUCUCGGAUGAGGGUACCCGUCGCUGGGCCGAGAUGCCCGAGUCGGAGAAGGAGUACUGGAAGAAGAUUUAUGCGGACAACCUCGCAGUCUACAAGGAGAAGAUGAAGGCCUACAAGGCUGGUCUUCCUUUCAGUGAUGACGCGAAGGCCGCCAACCAACUGCAACAGGAGGCUGACCGUGCGGACGCCACCCCUGCUGAAGAGUCUGAAGAGGAGGAGGAAGAGGAAGAAGAGGAAGAGGAGGAGGAGCCUGAACCCGUCCGGGAGCCUACCCCUCCACGCGCUGGUAAGCGUCGUCGCAGCGAAGCUGCUAAGGCUGCCAAGGAGGCUGCCUCUCCUGCGGAUACCAAGAAGGCAUCACCCGAGAAGAAGCGGACGCGCACUCCCGCCUCAAGGGAAAAGAAGGUGCAGGAGGAGACCCCCGCCUCGGCUCGCAAGUCAGCUGCGACCGAGAACAAGCGUGGCAAGAAGAAGCGCAAGAGCGAGGCU